CGGGCCGGGCCGGGCCGGGCCGUGCUGGGCCGGGCAGGGCAGGGCGCUGGGGCCGGGCAGGGCCGUGCUCUGGGGCCGGGCGUGAGCUGCCCCCGGGCAUGAGCGCGGGUGGCCGCGGCGCCGCAGCGCGCUAGGGGCGGCGGUGGCGGUGUGCAGGGAGGGAGGGAGGGAGGGAGGCGCCAUGCGGCUGUGCGGGGCGCUGCUGAAGAGCCCGAUCCCCAAGCAGAUCGAGUACUACUCGCGCUUCUCGCCCUCGCCGCUCUCCAUCAAGCAGUUCCUCGACUUCGGUCGUGACAAUGCAUGUGAGAAGACUUCAUACAUGUUUCUGCGGAAAGAACUUCCUGUGCGGCUAGCUAACACCAUGAGAGAAGUCAAUUUGUUGCCUGAUAACUUACUUAACAGGCCUUCAGUUGGGCUAGUGCAGAGUUGGUAUAUGCAGAGCUUCCUUGAGCUUUUAGAAUACGAAAAUAAAAGUCCUGAGGAUCCUCAUGUUCUGGAUGACUUUUUAGAUGUUUUAAUUAAAGUCAGGAACAGACACAAUGAUGUGGUUCCAACCAUGGCUCAAGGGGUGAUUGAAUACAAGGAAAAAUAUGGCUUUGAUCCAUUUGUUAGCAGUAACAUCCAGUAUUUUCUAGAUAGAUUCUACACCAACCGCAUCUCUUUCCGUAUGCUUAUUAACCAACACACACUUCUUUUUGGAGGAGACAUUAAUCCAGCUCACCCCAAACAUAUUGGAAGUAUUGACCCUAAUUGUAAUGUGGCAGAGGUGGUUAAAGAUGCUUAUGAAACAGCUAAGAUGUUGUGUGAACAAUACUAUAUGGUGGCACCUGAUCUGGAAGUUGAAGAAUUCAAUGCUAAAGCUCCAAACAAGCCUAUUCAAGUAGUCUACGUACCAUCUCAUUUGUUUCAUAUGUUAUUUGAAUUAUUCAAGAAUUCAAUGAGAGCUACCGUAGAGUUGCAUGAAGGUAAGAGAGAAGCCUAUCCAUCGAUCAAAACCUUAGUCACUCUGGGGAAAGAAGAUCUAUCUAUUAAGAUAAGUGAUCAAGGUGGAGGUGUACCUUUAAGGAAAAUAGACAGAUUGUUUAAUUACAUGUACUCAACAGCACCCAGACCUAGUUUGGAGCCCACGAGAGCUGUGCCUUUGGCUGGGUUUGGCUAUGGCUUGCCAAUUUCUCGUCUGUAUGCUAGGUACUUCCAAGGUGACCUUAAACUCUACUCGAUGGAAGGUGUUGGUUCAGAUGCUGUAAUUUAUUUGAAGGCCCUUUCAAGUGAAUCAUUUGAAAGACUUCCCGUUUUUAAUAAGUCAGCGUGGCGACACUACAAGACCACACCUGAAGCAGAUGACUGGAGCAAUCCUAGCAGUGAACCAAGGGAUGCUUCUAAAUACAAAGCUAAUCGAUAAUUUGCUACCUUUUGUCUCUGCUGGAGAUGACCUCUGCGUUCAGUAUAAAGUCUCUGCUUUGUUCCAAAAUCCUUCAAACCACAAUAGCUAAUUACUUCCAAACAAAGACCUAAUCAGGGCAUUGAAAAAUAGUAAGAACAAAGUGAUGAUUGGGACUUACAGGAAGGCACUAAGCACGUUUGGUAUGUGACCUCUACCUACUUCACAGAAUAUGCUUGGUUGCUUCAGUCAUGCAUUGACAAAAGGGAUUGCACUGUGAUUGCGCCUAAGUACAUAAAGUUGUAACAAAAGAUACUGUUUUAAGUGCCAAUUUUUAUUCCAGUAAGGAUUGGCAGAUUGUGCAGAAUCCCUUUUCCUGGUGAACAGUAUCUUGCACAGCAAUAUGGUGUAAGAGAGAAAUUCUAGUGUAGUUAAAUAUAUGCUUUGAAAAUCCAUUCUUUGCUGCAUUUUAUUUUGCUCAGUGUCACCUGUUACAUAAAAUUCCUUUGAGCUCUCUAGAUUUUACAUCUAAUGAGCUUAUAAAUGCAUAGUUCUAAAAAGGGUUGUACAGCUUUAAACUGAUGCUUACCCCAAAUUCCCAAAACCUUUUGUCAAGUGCAUACAAAAAUUAUGUUGUUGUAAGACAUUGGGACUUCCACUUUUUGGUAUGUACCUUAAUCAUUCUCUUGACACAGAAACACAAAUAUAUUUUUAAACAUUUUUCCUUGUUUUAGGGAAAAAUCAUAAGUAGUUAGAUCAUCUCUCCAUACAAAAAGUCCUGUCAAUGUGUGGGGGCAGGAGGUAAUUAAAUUUCAUGUUUAUUGCCUGUCAUCUUGGGGGGUGGGAGGGCUGAAGGGAGAGAAAUCUGAAAGGCCGGCCAGCCAGUCAUAUUUGCCUUAAGCGUGUUGGUUGCUUGGAACCUGAUUAGUUUAAAACCUGUAAAUAGUUUGCAAAGUUAUUUAUAUAUUCAAUGUCUGACAACAGUCUGGUAAUCUGAAUUUGUAGUGUAUAUAAAGAUGUUGUACACCAGCUUUUGGAAAGUGUCAUUGGUCUAAAUAAAUGAAACUGGAAGUAUCAGAGAAAUGGGAAGGGCAAAAUAUAGUUGGUACCUGAUCUGAAAGAAAAAGAAAAUUAAAGAGGACAAAACUAAGUGUUAACUCCUUAGCUUUGUUGUAGGGGUUACUACUGAGUAUUAGGAAGCUGUUCUUCACCAAGUCUCUGCCAAAAUUCCCUGCCAAAUACUGUUUCUGCUACUAUGGCCUUUCAGAAUUAGUGAGGUUUCGAAGUUCUGGUGAUGACAUAGCCAUGGGAGUAAAGGAGAUGAGGUGGAAGCAAUUUUGCACUUUCACUUUCUCCUAGAUGUUUUGAUAUUUUUUUGAAAGACAUUGCAGAUUUUAGUACAGAAAAUGAAACACGUUUACUGAAAUUGUGGGGGAACUGUCCUUUUUUCCUCUCAAUAUUUACUUUUGUAAAGAACCAGUCUGUUAGUUAAACAGGGAAAUGCUGAGAAAUUGCUAGAUUUUAAAACAAACAAAACCCCUUAGUUUAACUUCAUGAUAGUACUUUGCACCUGCAUAGCACAUUUCAUCAAAGGAUUAUAAGCAAUAAGUUACAUGUAGACCCACUUCUUUCUGAAAACUCAGACUCCUGAUCUCCCAAACCUGUGCUCUCAGCUGUCCCAGUCCGUUCAGGAAUGUGUAUGCACGUAGUUCUUGAGUUCGCAGGGCUCGAGUCUCUGUAGGCUUCUCUCCACUGAAGCUGAAGUCACGUUGGAGUGGCAGCUGGCUUCAGCACGGUCCCUGUCCUGCGCGUCCCCACAGAGUGCUGCGACACCGAUGGAGGCAGAAGCAGCAGGAGGGCUGCUGAGCGCCCUGCAGAGCCCGACAGGUGGGACGAGGGAGUGUGCUGGGGGCUGCCCUGUCCCCAACCAGGUGUGCUGAAUGCUCCCUGGGAAGUCUUUACAGGGCGCAGUGGGGGCGUAACCGUGUGACCUCCAGAGCAAUAAUUUCCUAUGGCUGCGCAGGAAGCAGAUGGACGUUCAAGCGGCGCGGCUCUGCUGCUGUGGUGGAAUCGGUGCAAGCUGAUGUGACCUCCAGCUGAUGUUCCAGUUCUACUAACAUUCAGUCAGUUAACUUCUGCCUUCACCCCUAACUUCUUACUGCUUCUUGAAUUCAUUUCAGGUUGUGUUUUUUCUACUAAAAAUAGGAAUUUGUGAUGAAACUAAUAUUUUCCCAAUUGUAUGUGAUCGCUUUUUCCUGGAACAUUACCUAAAAAUUACCGAAAACAUUCCAAGGAAUAAGAUAGUCUGUGUAAGAAGCUGAAGUUCAGCUUUUGUUAGAAAUCGUAUUUUGUAGUAGCAAAUCCUGACCUGGUGCUUCUUUUUGGCACCCUCCUUAUAAAUGAAGAGGAGAGGGAACAGAAAAAAGAGGAUGCAAACAUACUGAAAUGUGAAAUGACUUCAUGGACUGUUAGUGUUAGGUCAGAGGUUGGACUUGAUGAUCUUGAGGUCUCUUCCAAUCUAGAAAUUCUGUGAUUCUGUGAUACGAAGUGACUGUAAGCAAUGGAAGAAGCCAGCAAACAGAAGGUGAAAUUCUGUGCAGGAUCUUAUGUUGUUAGUCAUUUCACUGCUUUCUUCUCAAAAACGGUUGGCUUUCAGGACUAAAGCAUUGUAGUACUUGGGAACUGAAGUCCCCUGAAAUGGCAACCAUUUCCAAGAACGAAGGUACAAACUGAUCAGAGCAGGGAAAUGGAGCACAAGGACUGCAUUUAUUUUUCCAUUUUCCAAAGCUUGUCCUUGGGCAUUAUGCUGAACGAGUGAGCAGCAGCAUUGCUCCUCUCCAACCUUGACCAAGCAGCCUGCACUUGAAUCGAGAUCUUUGGUGUGCCAUAAAUUAUUUACUUGUUGUCCUUACGCCGCAUUCCUGCACAGGAGUAUGUCUGGAAACUGUCUUUGGAAGCAACAGCAGCAGACCUUCAAGAAUUUUCUAGUGGGUAUUCCAGAAAAAUGAGGGUGGAUAGGUUUUUAGUAUGGCUAGUUUGACUACAGAUACUAUUUUUACUACAGAUACCGUUGUUUUUCCAGUUACUGCUACCUUUUUAUUAACUAUUUGCUUUAAUACUUUGGGGCAGUUAAUUCCAAACUUAAUUUUCUGACGUUAUAAAAGUUCCAUUUUUAUGGAUUUCAGAUGUGCGGUCUGCUGAUGUUGUUGCAACCUGCUUGUCUUGGAUUACAGGGCACAGUAAAUAAGGAGGGGAAAAAGAUGUUUUCAGUGAAAAUGCUGUGUAUCUUUUGUGUUUAGUGAUUAACAGAAACGAAUUUCCAAACAACUUCUGCAUGUUGCAGUGUAACAGAAUAGCUCAGCUUUCUCUUC